AUGGCGUGUCCACAUGUUCAGUCUCCAGACCUGCGACCUCCGGGUCCCAGCCAGAGUGUCUACCGGGAGGACUGUACACAGUGCUUUGAUUCCAUUGACGACGCCGCCGGGCUCGAUGUGUGCCUGUUCUGCUUCAACGGAGGCUGUGCUGGUGAACGGAACCACUCUCUACUGCACUACUCCUCCACAGGUCAUCCACUCGUCUUGAACAUCAAACGCACUCGGAAACAGGUCCAGCGGGAUGAACCUCCACCGAAGCUGACAAAACUCGCCAUAGCGGCCGAAACGGAAGAAGACAAAUAUGACACGGCUACCAGAGUCAAGUGCUACUCCUGUCAAAUCGAUGACGUGGACAAGAGCUCGGGAAAACUACCAGAAGUCGUUCAUGGAGUGUUGAAUGCUAUGACCUUUGCCAAAAUGGAAGAGGUCAAGGCCUGGGAACAGGAGUUUACACCCUGUGAGCACACAUUAUGUCUCGAGCAACAGGAGAGCAGGAAGAUUGCAUCUCAAGACCUUGGUUCAUGCUCGAAAUGCGAUCUCAAAGAGAAUCUGUGGCUCUGCUUAACCUGUGGCAAUCUUGGUUGCGGUCGGGCGCAGUUUGGAGGCGUGGGCGGACAUUCCCACGGACUGGCACAUGCUACAGAGUCGAACCAUCCUGUCGCUGUCAAACUGGGCUCGAUCACUCCAGAGGGAAACGCCGACGUAUACUGCUACUCUUGUGAUGAAGAGAGGGUUGACACAGAGCUUGCGAAGCAUCUGGCCCAUUGGGGCAUCAACAUUGCAGAUCGACAGAAGACUGAGAAGAGCCUCAUGGAAAUGCAAGUCGAACAGAACCUCAAGUGGGACUUUUCAAUGACUACUGAAGAUGGUAAAGAGCUAAACCUUCUGUUCGGACCGGGCUUCACUGGGCUAAAGAACAUCGGAAACAGCUGCUACCUCGCGAGUACCAUGCAAUGUCUGUUCUCCUUGCCGGAACUGCAACAACGAUACUACCAUCCUGACCAGCCAUUGCCUACUACUAGCCUACCAGCAGAAGAUCUUGAGACACAGCUGCGAAAAUUGGCUGAUGGGAUCCUCUCUGGCAGAUAUUCACAUCCCGACAACAGCGUCCAUGCGACUCCAGACACUCCCGAAGUUCCACAUCAGAAAGGACUAUCUCCUGCUAUGUUCAAACAUCUCAUUGGCAGGGGCCACGAAGAAUUCUCAACGAUGAGACAACAAGAUGCCUUUGAGUUCCUCCUUCAUAUGUUCAAACUCAUUAGUCUUUCGAACAGCUCGAAUCCGGCACAAGAUCCAGUUCAGUCUUUCCGCUUUGUCCUCGAACAACGUCUAGCAUGCCUUAACUGUCACCGGGUUCGAUAUCACACCGAUGAGCAAGACAAUAUUUCAAUCCCCGUACCCGCCCGACGAAAACCGCUUGUUCAGCAUGGAGGUGAUGCUCAGAAGCAGACCGAAUUCGAAGCAGUACCGUUGGAAGAAUGCUUAGACAUUUUCACUGGAACUGUUCAGGUAGACUUGACUUGUCCUGCCUGUGGCUCGAAAGCUGGUUUCUCCAAAUCAUCCAAAUUCAAGACCUUCCCCAAGAACCUUGCUAUCAAUCCGCUCCGCUUCGAGAUUAUCAAUUGGGUGCCUACGAAACUUGAUAUUCCUGUUCAGGUUUCGGAUCAACCCAUAGACCUCAGCAAGUACAAAUCCCUCGGUUUGCAGCCUGAUGAGGAGGAGUUGCCUGAAGAUACCGACGUGGGAGGCUCGACCUCUGCUGCAUCAUUUGUACCCAACGAAGGCGCUCUGAGCAUGUUGGAAGGUAUGGGCUUUCCUCGAGUUCGUUGUGAGAAAGCACUCCAUGCAACGGGCAACUCAGAUGUAGAUGCAGCCAUGAACUGGUUGUUUGCGCACAUGGAAGACCCAGAUAUUGACGAACCAUUGAACCUGGGUGGUGACGUCGGAGGGGGUGCUGGCGACGAUGCAGACAAAAUUGCCCAACUUGGUGAUAUGGGCAUAAGCGCCCCUCAGGCACGCAAAGCACUUCGGGAAUGUGGUGGCGACGUCAAUCGAGCUCUCGACUGGGUCUUCAGUCAUCCAGACGACCAAGGAGAUUUCGGCGAAGACAGCUCCUCUGUUCCAGUACAGCCCAAAGCACUGCCUGGAUCAGAUUCUCUACCAGCCCGGUACGAGUUACAAAGCAUCGCAUGUCACAAAGGAGCCAGUGUGCAUGCAGGACAUUACGUUGCGUUUGUUCGCAAGCCAAUUCCGGGCGAGGGUCCAGAGAAGCAGUGGGUACUGUUUAACGACGAAAAGGUUGUUAAGGCGGUGGAUGCAGAGGAGAUGAAGAAGACUGCGUAUGUCUACUUUUUCUCCUUGCUGCCAUGA